AUGUGGAAAUAUUUAUUAUUAAUAUUUGCUUUGGCAAAUUAUAGCCAAGCUGUAUUGCAAAGUGAUGCUGAUACUUUGGUUUUGUUGGAUAAUUUGGCCAUUCGCGAAACUCACUCUAUGUUCUUUAAAUCUUUGCAGGAGCGUGGCUUUAAAUUGACCUACAAAUUAGCGGAUGAUGCCAAUCUACUCUUGUCGCGCUACGGUGAAUAUCUAUAUAAAAAUUUAAUAAUUUUUGCCCCAAGUGUCGAAGAAUUUGGUGGAGAAUUAAGUGUCGAGAAAUUGGCACAAUUUGUGGAUGAUGGUGGCAAUGUCUUAGUGGCUGGCAGUGAACAAUCUGGUGAUGCCUUGAGAGAAUUUGCCUCUGAAUGUGGUUUUGAAAUUGAUGAAGAAGGUGCUUCGGUAUUAGAUCACUUACACUACGAUAUCUCUGAUAAGGGUGAUCAUACCACCAUUUUAACAGCUGCCCGCAACUUGAUUAACUCCCCUACUAUUGUAGGUGAUAGUCGUAAGCCUGGUAGCAAACCUUUGUUGUACCGUGGUACCGGUUUAUUGGCUGACAAAGAAAACUCCUUAGUAUUGCAAUUGCUGACCGCCGAAAGCACUGCCUAUAGUUAUAAUCCAGAUCAGGCCAUUAAAGAUUAUCCUCAUGCUGUUGGCAAAAAUACCUUGUUGAUAGCUGCUCUACAGGCGCGCAACAAUGCACGUGUGGUCUUUUCUGGUUCCUUGCAUUUCUUUUCCGAUGAAGCUUUCACAAAUCCUAUUACUUAUGCUCAAACUGGUGAACAUUUUGAUCAUUCCGGCAAUCGUGAUGCUGCCUCGGCUAUUAGCAAAUGGGUAUUUGGCGAAACUGGCCGUCUACGUGUAGCUGAAGUUAAACACCACAAGGAAGGAGAAACCCAACCACCAGAGCAAGCCUAUACUAUCACAGAGCCUGUAGUAUACUCGAUUACCAUUGAAGAAUUGGUCCAAGACAAAUGGCAACCUUUCAAUGCCAACGAUGUACAAUUGGAAUUUGUACGCAUUGAUCCGUUUGUACGCACCACCCUUAAACAUGUAUCAGGUGGUCGCUUUGAAGCUAAAUUUAAAAUACCCGAUGUCUAUGGUGUCUAUCAGUUUAAGGUUAAUUAUGAUCGUAUUGGUUAUACCCAACUUUAUAGCACAACACAAGUCUCGGUGCGUCCAUUAGAACACACUCAAUAUGAACGUUUCAUACCGAGUGCUUUCCCCUACUACAGUAGCGCCUUCUCCAUGAUGGUGGGUGUAUUUAUUUUCUCUUUGGUAUUUUUACAUUUCAAAGAAGAAACUCCUGGUUCGGCAGCUGUUAAGAAGGGUGACAGCAAGAAGACUCAAUAAGCAGAAGAAAUCUUUAAGAAAUCAAAUUAAACGAGCGGGAAUUGAGGUCGUCCCCUAUGAUGAGUCUAUAAUGGACUUUCAAAGUAUUUGUAUUGAGAACUUUUAUAAAUAAAAAAAUAAAGUCUAUAUUAAAAAUUAUAAAAAAA